AUGAAACUAAAAUUCAGAAGAGAACAUUCCCGUUCUAAAGACCUUGAAGAAAAAACGUCCAUAAGCCCACUUUAUAUUCACCACUCACCACAAUGUCUGUGUAAUCAUGGAAAUUUAUUUCUCCGGACAUUUGAGAAUUUUUUGAAAGAAAAGACUAAGCAUGGAGAAUGUAUAAAUUCGCUAAAAUGAAAGCAGUUUCAUAGCAUGCCAGCAAAUGGAGAUGCUUUAUAUAAAGUAAUAAAUCAAAUUCAGCUUGAGGGGCCGAAUUUUAAUCAUUCACGGCAACAAAUUGAUUUGGAUGUACAAAGGACAUUCCCAGACGUUGAUUAUUUUAGCCAUGGAAUAGGAAGACCAGUCUUAAGAAGAGUCCUAUUGGCAUUUGCAAAAUAUAACCCUAAUCUUGGCUACGUUCAAGGGAUGAAUUUUAUAGUAGCGGUUCUUCUUUGGCAUACCUCCGAAGUCCAAGCUUUUUGAUUUUUUGUUGCAUUAAUUGAGCAAUACAAGCUAGUUGAUAAUUUUUCACAAGAUUUGCCGGGACUGGAAAAGCACUGUAGAGUUAUUGAACAUUUACUGAAGGAAUCUAUGCCAAGCUUAUAUGAGCAUUUGUCGGAGAAUGGGGUUAGCAUGCAUAUGAUUAUUUCUGAUUGAUGCUUUGUGCUGUUUAUGAACUUGAUACCUAUUGAGCAGACAGGCUGGAUUUUGAAUAAAUUUUUUAAAUAUGGGUGGAGUUUUAUUUAUAUAGUGAUUUGGCUGUAUUUUUUAAAAUUUUAAAUGAAAAAUAUUUUGAAUGAUAAUUUUUAUGUAGAUUCAGGAAUAUAAUAUAGGCAUGAAAGAGCCUUAAAUAAAGUAUUCAGCUAGAUAUAAACUUAUACUUGAAAUUUUGGCAAGACUGAAGGCAAAAAUUAUGGAUUGUAGAAAUAUUAUGGAAAUAUUGUCUGCAAUUAAACCUUAUCAAAGCACACAAGAAGGUAGGAAAAAAUUUAUCAAAGCUUUGGAAAAUGGAUGAGAAAGGCUAGACUGGCAUAAGUUAGCAAGGAGAGCACAGAGUAGGUUUAUCGACGAAAAUUAUGUCAAGCACAUAUAG